ACCAAUGGCAUCACCUCAGUCUCCGUCUCAAAGUUCAUUCGACUCGAUGCACUGCCACAUCUAGCACUUCAGUAGAGGAACACUAAAAUCAGCAAAGAAUACAUAAAAUGGAUGACACUUUUGAAAUCACUGUUAACCUUCUUCUCCUGGGUAAGACCAAAAGUGGUAAGAGUUCACUUGGAAACAGUCUCAUAGGAAGUUAUGAAUUUGAAAGCCAAUUUUCCCCUCACUCUCUGACCAAAGAAUGUCGGCUCUGCAAAAUGCGCAUACCCGAGUUUGCGCGGCGGAUGGGAAAGGAAUUAAGUCUGCGACUACAGGUGCUGGACACUCCAGGUUUACCUCACAGCACCUUGAACAGGGAAGAGGUAAAAGGCCGGGUGAAGAGAGCUCUCUCACAACAAUUUGCAGAAGGCUUACAUAUGGCCUUACUCGUCCUCAGGGCUGACAUUCCACUCUGUGAAGAAGAUAACCAGCACACUGUCAAAUUAGCGGAGGAUCUACUGGGACCUAACUGGAAGAACUUUACCACUGUUGUACUUACCCAUGGAGACAAGUUACGAGAGUCACAGAUUAAAGAAGAGGAAUAUCUUAAAUCAGCUCCAAAAAUGCUUUCGGGUCUUUUGGAAAAUGUACACGGUCGAUACAUUUUUAGAGAUCCCACAGAUAGAACCUUACGCGAGGAAAGGGCAAUCUUAGUAGCUCGCAUCAUGGAUUUUAUACGGCAAAAUAGCUACCAGAGUUUACAGGUUCAAUAGUAUAUAGUCUGAUAAUCCUUUGUUAAGCAAUAAUUGGUGGAGCCUGCUGGGAUCAUGGAUAAUCCUGCAGAUACUAAUAUAUUAUUAAACAGCAUGAGUGGCAUAAGGAUCUAGAUGGCCCUUUAA